CCAGCGCCUCCAGUCGCUCCCCAAUUCCCUCCGCCCGCGGCGCGCCGCUCCGGGCAGCCUCGGUCGCCGCCGCCGCCGCCGCUGCCUCCACCUACCGCCGGCCGACGACGCCCUUCGAACCUACCGCCUCCGCCGCCAUCUUCAACCGCUUAUUUGCCUGCGCUCCUACCAGAUCGCCUCUGAGUUGAGGGCUCCAAGUGAAGCAGAUGGCUACAUCAGAACCGGUACAGCAAAGCUGGGAGCUGGAAUCCAGCAGGCCUCGGGUCCUCCUUGCUGCGUCAGGGAGUGUAGCUGCUAUAAAAUUCGAGAGCCUCUGCCGUAUCUUCUCCGAGUGGGCGGAAGUCCGAGCUGUGGCGACCAAGUCAGCAUUGCACUUUGUUGACAGAUCAUCUCUGCCAAGCGACGUCGUCCUUUACACUGAUGAUGAUGAGUGGUCUACCUGGACAAAGAUAGGAGACGAGGUUCUGCACAUAGAGCUGCGAAAGUGGGCAGACAUCAUGGUGAUCGCCCCCUUAUCAGCAAACACUCUGGCCAAGAUCGCCGGCGGGUUAUGCGACAACCUCCUGACGUGCAUUAUCCGAGCGUGGGACUACAAGAAGCCGAUCUUCGCCGCGCCAGCCAUGAACACCUUCAUGUGGAACAACCCAUUCACGGCGCGCCACAUCGAGACCAUGAACCAACUGGGCAUCUCCCUGGUCCCGCCCACCACGAAACGGCUGGCCUGCGGCGACUACGGGAACGGCGCGAUGGCUGAGCCCUCGCAGAUCCACACGACUGUGAGGCUCGCGUGCAAGUCGCAGACGUUUGGCACGGGCAUUUCGCCCGCGCACCCUUCCAGCGGCCACCCCGUCUAGCCGAUGCGGUGAUGGUCACUAUGUUCAGGUGGUCUAGUACUCGAGGUUUUUCUAUGCCGCCCACAUCAUCAGGGUUUGAGAAAGUGAAGGGUAUCACCAGGUGUUCUGUUCAUCGGUGGUGUCUGUAUUAACCGAAGUAUCGUACCUGUGGGAUAUGGAUCAGCUUAUUUGUUAUGUGGUAGUAGACGUUAGGGCGUAGACGUAGAGAUUGGGGAAUUGCUGUUGCUCCAGCUAUAAAUAAUGUUGUUCUGAA